GCGGCGCGGGCGGGCCAGCCGGGCUGUGCACCUGCGCCUCCGCGGGCUGCCUGGGGCACUGUCCCUGGUCCGCCCGGUCCCGCAAUGGCGAGGCCGCAGAGGACUCCGGCGCGCAGUCCUGACAGCAUCGUCGAGGUGAAGAGCAAAUUCGACGCUGAGUUCCGACGCUUUGCGCUGCCCCGCGCUUCCGUGAGCGGCUUCCAGGAGUUUUCUCGGUUGCUGCGUGCAGUGCACCAGAUCCCAGGCCUGGACGUGCUGCUUGGCUAUACGGAUGCUCACGGCGACCUACUGCCCCUCACCAACGACGACAGCCUGCACCGGGCCCUGGCCAGCGGGCCCCCGCCGCUGCGCCUACUGGUGCAGAAGCGGGCAGAAGCUGACUCCAGCGGCCUGGCAUUUGCCUCCAACUCUCUGCAGCGGCGCAGGAGAGGGCUUCUACUGCGACCAGUGGCACCCCUGCGCACCCGGCCACCCCUGCUAAUCAGCCUGCCCCAAGAUUUCCGCCAGGUUUCCUCAGUCAUAGAUGUGGACCUACUGCCUGAGACCCACCGAAGGGUUCGACUGCACAAGCAUGGUUCAGACCGCCCUCUGGGCUUUUACAUUCGAGAUGGCAUGAGUGUGCGUGUGGCUCCCCAAGGCCUGGAGCGGGUUCCAGGCAUAUUCAUCUCCCGCCUGGUACGUGGGGGCCUGGCUGAGAGUACAGGGCUGUUGGCAGUUAGUGAUGAGAUCCUUGAGGUCAAUGGUAUUGAGGUGGCUGGGAAGACCUUGGACCAAGUGACGGACAUGAUGGUUGCCAACAGCCAUAACCUCAUUGUCACUGUCAAGCCUGCCAACCAGCGCAAUAAUGUGGUGCGAGGGGCAUCUGGGCGGCUAACACGGCCUCCCUCUGCAGGGCCUGGGCCUGCUGAGCCCGACAGUGAUGAUGACAGCAGUGACCUGGUCAUUGAGAACCGACCGCCUCCUUGUUCCAAUGGGCUGUCUCAGCCGCCAUGCUGGGACCUGCACCCCGGCUGCCUACUUCCUGGUGUCCGAAACUCUCUGCCCUCCCUGGAUGGCCAGGAACAGGCCAGCUCUGGCUGGGGGAGUAGCAUACGAGGAGAUGGUAGCGGCUUCAGCCUCUGACAGGCAAGGAUGCAGCCCUUUUCUAUUCUAGGCUGCUGGGACAUGGUAGGGACAUCCUGGUUGGGGCGGGGGUUAGCUUGCUUGUUCCAUUGGGCCCUCUCAGCCUGAGGAACAUUAAAAGUUUUAUACAAACACAGACAUGGUCCUUCUGUGUCCCAGUCCCAGCCUCCUCUCCAAUCCCGUAAGCCUACCUUCUACUCUGGAUAUGAAACAGGAAUGACAGGGGCAGUGGAAAGACCUUCCCAUGGUUAGGCAGCAGGAAGGUCAUGGGGCUUUGCAUUUUUGAAGUAAGGAAAGCGUCUAUGGACCAAACAUUAUUGGCACAUGUCUAUAAUUCCAGUGACUCAGGAGGAUGAGGCAGGAGGAUGGCAAAUUGAAGGCCAGAUUGGGCAACUUAGUGAGAUGCUCUCUCAAAAUAAAAUAAAAAGGGAUGUUGAUAUAGUUCAGUGAUAGAGCACUUGCCUAGCACCUUGGGUUCAAUCCCCAGUCCUCCCUCCAAACAAAACUUUUAUGGAAACAAACCCCACUGUGUACAAAAGGUUUAAUUUUGUCAAAAGGGUUUAAAGGCUGGGAUGGCCCUUCUACAACCACAGAUAGCUGGGAAGAAUACUCUGGGUAUAUUGCCUGCCCAGAAAGCUCCUCUUUUUGGACCUCUGCUGUAUAACCGGGCCUGUUGCCUCUUGCAGCCAUGUGGCAAUCCUCAGUGUGGAUCUUCCUGCCACUGCUCCAACAAAGGGGCUCAGGCAUCCAUCUUCACGAAGACUUUGGGCCGGGAAAAGAUCUUGAUGGCCUCUUCUACCUGCACCAGCUUCCGGUCCAGCUCAAC